AUGAGUGUAUGAAUGUGAAGAAGUAUCUUAGCAAAUCAAAGGAUUACUGUACUUGUGUAGUAUCUUUCCAUCGAUACAAGGUGUUAGAUUUACAAGUAUACGUAAUACCUUUAUGGUGAUGAUAGCUAUAUGCACAAAUAGGACAAUUUAUUUACAAUGGUCACUUGGUACUUGUGCACCAUUGAAAAUAAUGGGAGCAUAAAAUAGCCGAUGCGUCAAUGUCGACACAUAUAAAUUGUUGAAGAUGGGAGAAAAAAUACGAAAGCAGAUCAACUUAAUAAAAGGAUGUGGCUAAGAAUUCAAGCCAUGCAAGGAAUUGUUGCAGCAGUUGACUUGUGUUUGUAGGGUAAGCUAGCAUUCAUCAUCAUAAUAAUGUUUCUGUUGCUAUUGGGUAGGAUGAGUGCACUCAAUGAAUGACUAUAACCUCUUCUCUGCUCUCUGAAGCUAGCUCCUUAUAAGUGAUAGUUCAUAUGCUUCCUACCACCAAGCACUUCUCACAGCAACCAUAAAAGGUCACUCUCUCUUCCCCUACCCUCAUCAGACCGAAGACGACCUUAACUUUUACAAUAAGAGAUCACGACGAGAAUAAGCCAUGGCUCAGCUCAGUUACAACCUCUUCAUUCUUCGUGUACUUCUCCUCUCAGUGCUUUUCUUUUCUUUAGUUUCAGGUAAUGACAUUGUUGAAGGUAUUAAGGAUGUCAAUAAUGAUCACCACAUUGGUCAGUUAUUUCAUAAGGAUACCAAAGUGAAUUCACGGAAGCUGGCUAUGAUGCUAGAUGCAACAAUGCAUGACUACGAUAAUGCAGGAGCCAACCCCAAACACGAUCCUCGAAGGAGACCUGGCAAUGGGAGAAACCCAUGAGUGAUUAUAGACUGCAUGCUACUACUUAAUCCACUUAUAGUAUCGAUAAUUUUGAUCAUGUACUAAGAACUCAAGGUGACGAUGUACGUCGCCUGCUAUAUAGAGCCAGCAAUCCAGAUGAGAGUUAAUUUCUUCAAUAAUGCUGAUAUGAUAUGCUGGUGUAUUAGUCUCGCAAGUUGCCUGUGUGGUGGCAUUGUGGCCAUUGGCCAUAGGAAUACAAAUAGCUUCAUAUCGUAUGCAAUUCCUUUGGCUAUUGUUUCUCUGUUAUAUAUAUGUAUCAAGUAUGAAAUAAGCUUUCUGCCAUCCUCUUGGCGCUGAAUGAAUGAUAAAUAUGGUAAAGGGUUGAUAUAUUUUUACGCGA